GAGCUUUAUUCAACAAUGAACUAAGUGCUUUACCAGAGGGAUUGUUCCCAAACCAACCAGCAUUUACAAAGCUAUGGCUAUCGAAUAAUCAACUUAGCCGAAUACCCGCUGGGAUAUUUCGAUCAACACCCAAUUUAAAAGUUUUGGAUGUUCGGCACAAUAGACUUGUUGAGCUGCCAGCCGGACUGUUUCAAAAUCAAAGAAAUUUGGAACACCUGCUAGCCAACGGCAAUGAAAUUCGAUAUUUGCCCCCUCGACUUCUUGAUAACAGCACUAACAUACGGAUCAUCGAUUUGAGAAAAAAUAAACUUCGUGAUUUACCAGCUGGUCUGUUCAGACAUGCAUCUAGAUUGAAUAACCUGUGGUUAGAUGGUAAUGCCUUCAAACACUUACCUAUCGGGAUGUUUCCGCUAGGAAGCACCAGGACUUUAAUAGAGCUAGGUGACAUAGAAGUCCUGGAUCAUCGAUUUUGCCAAAUGAAAUAUCCUGCGGAUUUAUCAAGAGUGUAUCAGUCUCUCAGAAGGAGUACGUUCGUCAAGUACUUUGUACGAAGUUUGACUGCAACGAAUUGCCAGAGACCCUGUCACAGCGUUCCCGUCAUCGAUAGAUGCCCCACCUGUACUGGACAGCUGUUUAAUUACAGUUGCACGGGAACGCAUCACUGUGGAAGUGUAGCGGGUAUUGAAUACGUGAAGUUUCCCGGAGUAAACAAAAGUGCAGCCCAGGCCCACGAGUUGUGCAGGAGAAGUUUUAAACACGGCCAAGUUGCCUGGCCGAGAAAUGAAAAUGAAAACAAAUGCCUGAAAGACUUUCACUCCUCAAGUGCAUUUUGGCUGGGCAUCUGGCCUGAUUUUAAGGCCCGAAUAUGGAAUAACCCCGACUUGCAACCAAUAACGUGGCAAAACUUUGCGCCGGGUCAGCCCGACUCUCACUUCACCCAAUGUGGAGAAAUGCUGCACGGUGGGAAUGGCAAAUGGGAUGACGUUGACUGCAAUGAUGAAAAACCAUUUAUAUGCCAAAGAGCGGUAAUGUGUCAUGUGACACAACCUAAGUUUGGCAAUGCAAGCAAACUAUUUGUCCACUAUCCUGACAGUGUACAGUACACAUGUGAUACUGGAUACUGGCUGGAUGGACCGACAACAGCAAACUGUACAUCGGAUGGAACAUUGACUACAACACCUAAGUGCAAGGGUUAG